UAUAUAUGAUGUUGGUAUGAAUAUAUGUGUGGUGCACACAUCUACUUAUUUAUGUGCUAUCUCAAUAGAUGUGCAUUUAUAGCAUGCCUGAUGUAUUUGUGAUUUGUGGAUAUGGUCAUUAAUGGUGAACGUGCGGUGUACUGAGGAGAUAUGCAUGAUUAUGUGUGAGGGCUUUGCACCUGGUGUGCAUGUACACGUGUGUGUCUGUGUGUGCACAUGUGUGCACAUUGUGUGCCUUUGUGCAUGCCUGUGCAUGUAUAUACGUGCAUGUGAAAUGGGUCCACAUAUCUGUGCCUCUAAUGAGAUAAAUACCUUUCUGAGGUUUGAUGGCUGUCUAAAUUAGCCAUCUUUUUGAGUUCCAACAGGCACAAAGGAAUGAGAACCCACCUCAUCCUGCCUUGUAAAGAAACGGGGCAUCUAUAGACAAGGGGGAAGGGAUCCACACAUCUAUGAGGGUACCACCGAGGAUGGGGCAGACCAAUGCAACCGCCUGGAGGGGCUUUGUCUUCCUGGGCUUCUCCGGCUUCGGGGAGCUUCAGCUCCUGCUCUUUGCACUCUUCUUCUCUCUGUAUCUGGUAACCCUGACCAGCAAUGUCUUCAUUAUUGUGGUCAUCAGGCUGGACAGCCAUCUGCACACCCCCAUGUACCUCCUCCUUUCCUUCCUGUCUUUCUCUGAGACCUGCUACACCUUGGGCAUCAUCCCUAAGAUGCUCUCCAGCCUGGUCAUGGGGGGCCAGGCCAUCUCCUAUGAGGGCUGUGCUGCUCAGAUGUUCUUCUCUGCCUCGUGGGCCUGUACCAACUGCUUCCUCCUGGCCGUCAUGGGCUUUGACAGGUAUGUGGCCAUCUGUGCCCCGUUGCACUAUGCCAGCCGCAUGGAUCCUCCUUUCUGCGCCCGGCUGGUUGGCACCUCCUUCCUGAGUGGGUACCUCUUUGGGCUGGGAAUGACACUGGUCAUUUUCCACCUCCCAUUCUGCGGCUCCCACGAGAUCCAGCACUUUUUCUGUGACACGCCGCCAGUGCUGAGCCUGGCUUGUGGGGACACAGGCCCGAGUGAGCUGGGCAUCCUCAUCCUUAGCCUGCUGGUCCUCCUGGUCUCUUUCUCCUUCAUCACCAUCUCCUACGCCUACAUUCUGGCAGCUAUCCUGAGGAUCCCCUCCACUGAGGGGCGGAAGAAGGCCUUCUCCACCUGUGCCUCACAUCUCACAGUGGUCAUCAUCCACUAUGGCUGUGCCUCCUUCAUGUACUUGAGGCCCAAAGCCAGUUACUCUCUUGAGCGGGAUCAGCUGAUUGCGGUCACCUAUACUGUGGUGACCCCUCUCCUCAACCCUAUUGUUUAUAGUUUAAGGAAUCGGGCUGUGCAAACAGCCCUGAGAAGUGCCUUCCAAGGGAGGUUGUUGGGUGCAGGAUGA